AGGCCGUAAGCCUAACUCUCAAACCGGAGACUAAAAGAAAAUUUGCACGAUAAGUGAAUAAAGAUGGUGAAUUUUUAGCUCGAUGACACGAGCGUGGGACAAAAAAAAAAGUCUGAGGCCUCGACAGGAAUCGAACCCAUGACCUCCCGAACACCGGGAGGUCAUGCCUUUAAUUUGAGAAAAACGAGAGUCUCCAGAGAUUCGAUUGAUGAGUUUUGGUUUCUCGUUUCCUCUCAUAUACAGACCGACGUGUGCUUUCUAAGAAUUAAAGCCUGCUCUAAUAUCCACAAGGGUGAACAAUACUGUUAAGUCCGCUCUUUUGACGCACAUAUGAUGACAACUCCGUCUACUGAGUACUCUCUUUCAAGGCACUUUUGACCGAGCUCUAAUGACUGAGAGUUGAAGAGAACUUUAAUUUUCGGUUUUUCCCAGUUGGACCUUAAAGUGAAGUUACCGUAUAUUGCUUUUGACCUGAAGCAAUCUCAGGAUGAUACAAGCUGGAAACGGCGGCCGUAGUUUGUGUCCCGUAUUCAAUAUAAUUAUUAGAAAACGUAUCAUCCCUUUAUAUAUUUUUAAUAGAAUUAUUUCUUUUAUAAACUUAACUUUAUUUCUUGAAGGUAGCGACGCACCGAUAAGAAAACCCCAUCGGUCAUUACAGGCAGAGCGAAGAGACUCCUUGAUUGAUCCACAAGAUUCAAACACUCUGGAAGAAAAUGUACCGCGUGGAAAGAUACUCAGUGGAGAUAGCAAUUCAUUGCACAACAGAGAUCGUUCGCCUCCGAAAAGCGAAGCGUACUCAAGCUUGUCAAUGGAGGCGAAGCUUGCAAGGGCUGAGUCUGUUUUACGAGCUAUUAUGGCGGAAGGUUGCCCAUCAAAUGAAGAGAACUUUUUUAACAUUACCGUGUACACCGCUGACUUGCAGCUAGCAGGAACGACAUCCCGAGUGUAUAUCAACAUCUACGGCAUGCUUUACGGCUUGGAAGAAAGCACAGCAAAAUUACAUCUCACCAAUCACAACGACAAGGAAUUUUCAAGAGGACGUGUGGAUUCGUUCCUGAUAAAGACUAAGUUUGUUGGCCUAGUGGAUCGAAUUACAAUUGAGCACGACAAUACAGGAAUAUUACCAGACUGGAAUCUGGACAAGGUGGUGGUGCAUGAUCUCAAGCUUGGCACUGUCCAGACCUUCUCAUGUAGCUGUGAACUAGCAGGAUACGAAAAUCAAGUCACUUUACCACCAAUUUAAACUGUUUACGACUGAAGUUAAAUGUCUUGUCAAAAUAUCAAAAUUCGCUGUAACAUUUUCGCCACAAGGCGUAGUUAAAAAUGGGAGUUUCAAUUAAUCGAAUGCAUGCUAUCAAGUUUGUACUACGUAUAACAUAUAGUUACUGGGGCAAAAAUUAGACUGCUAUGUGCUUGCAGUCGUCGUCUGUGACUCUCUAGUCUGAAUUCAACAGGAUUAAUGUGAAUGCAGAACUGUUUCUUCGACUGGGUGUGACAUGGUCGAAUUUCCUCGCGUUUGUUGAUGGUCGUGACUACAAGAAACUCUGCUUAUGUCUGCACGUCAGACGCUAUCGGGUCACCUUGUGAUGGAAUAUCGAUUCACCUAGUCACGACCGUGCUGGCCACAUACAGAGAGACGACAUAAACUGGAGCAAGUAAUCCUGUCACCACAUUGGCUAAUUCCGCGCAGUUCUUCUCGUCCCUCCUCGGCUCAGAUUCAUCCACCCAGAAACGAACACUUUUAAGGUACAAGUUUUUUGUUAACUGAAUGGAGUGUACAGUAAACAGUCUAUGAGUACACAUUUCAUUGUAAGCAAAAUAGACUCUCCAAUUUAAUUAAUCAAUAGCAGUUUACCAGUAGAAAAUAUAUGGAACACUGUUUUUGUUUUUCAUAUAAAAAUAAAUAGUAUUAAUUUCAGUUAGUUUCUUCAGCCAAACUUACGGCACUUCGUAAGAGUACAAAUUCUUCAAUGAGUAAUGGUUGCCCCUUUCUUCGUAAUUGUUUAACGAGCUUGACAUCAAAUUGCUCGUCACUCUGAGGACUGCGUUCAUUUCUCGUGCGCACGCAGUUUAAGUAGCACGCUCAGCCUGCGUGGCUGGCAGGAUAUCGCGCGCGAAUUGAUUUAUUUAGCCCCCGCGCGAUGCAGGAAAAAGAAUACGUCGGCCGAUACUUGACUUCUGUCACAUUCUGCUAGAUAUCUUUGCAUUUCAGUACACGAAAGUAUACAUUUGUCCCAGCCUUUCAACCUAUCACACGCCUUCCAUAAGACGAAAGCCGGCCAGAGUUCACAACCAAUGGCGUCACACUU